GAUUUGACGUCGCUGUGCUGACGCUCGAUCGUAAUGUGCAUUAUAUGCCUCAUAUAGCUCCAAUCUGCUUGCCGGAGCGAGGGUCUGACUUCCUAGGGCAGUACGGUUGGGCAGCGGGUUGGGGCGCGCUAAGUCCCGGCUCAAGGCUGCGCCCGCGCACCCUGCAGGCCGUUGACGUGCCUGUACUAGAUAACAGAGUGUGCGAACGGUGGCAUCGUGCUAAUGGAAUUAAUGUAGUCAUAUACCCCGAGAUGCUGUGCGCGGGUUACCGGGGCGGAGGGAAAGACAGCUGUCAAGGCGAUAGUGGCGGGCCUUUGAUGUUGGAGAGGGCGGGGCGCUG